UUCAGCAUGAUGAGAUGAAAACGAAAUUUCACCAAGCUAACAAUAACAUAAUAUAAUAAUGAAUACAAUAUUUCAUACAGAAGUCACACUAGAAAUAUUUUACUAUUGAGUUGCAUUACACCAUUUAUUAUAUUACAAUGUAUCAUAGUAUAUCGUAACAUAAUUCUAAUGUUAUAUAUUUGCAGCUCCCGCGCUGUGAGGCAGAUGUUUUAUGGCUUUUAUUUUGACAGAGUAAAGGAAGUGACGACGUGUUUUUCGCUGCCGUCCAAUGCAUAGGCCAAGGAGGAGCUGCUUGUUUUUUAAAAGUUGACUCACUGGUUCUUCAAGCUGCGUGAAGUCUAGCUGUGGAAUUUAGAUCGAAACAGUAGACUUUGACAUGUUGGUAGUUCAUCUCAACCGAAGUAGCUUCUAUUGACUGCUGUCCUUCCCAAAGAUCGAAAUCUUUCAGCUCAAAGAUGAUCAUCAAGGCGCAGAAGCGCAAACACCCACCGGAGGACGUGGAGGAGUCCGACCGGAGCAGCCCGACCUGGGAGCGCCAGCGGCAGUUUGUGUUCUCGGUCUCCCUCAACAAGUACCAGAGCGGCCAGGUGCUGCCCGAGCCCAGCCUCAGGCGCUCCGUGCUCAUCGCCAACACGCUGCGGCUUAUGAGCCUGGAAGACAGCGUGGCGCCCUCAGCGGACAUGGAGGUGUCCCCGCCACCCUGCGACUCUCCACCGGGCCCCUGGGAGAGUGCUUUCGCUGGCGGCGCGGCGAUGUCCACCGAAAGCCCCUCUGUGCAUGACGGCUGCCCUCUGGGCUCUGUGAAUUGCGCAUUAAAUUGCCCCGCGAGCAGGUGUUCCGUGAACUACCAUCCAGGACCAUCCAAUGUCUCGUUGUCUGUUAGAGAGGAAGACGAGGACUGGGGAUCGAUGUCCACAGACUCUGAUUACUCUCUCUCAGCCGCCAUCACUUCCAUUCUUACGGCACUGGACUCCAUCAUUGACGGGAGCCCGCAAGCAGCUCCGCGGACGCCUCUCAGGUCCUUGGAGAACCUGAUGGGGCCUUGCGAGGGAGCCGUGGCGUGGGCCAAACAGGGAGGCAGGGGUUAUGCAGGAAGCUGGGAGCAACAGGUAGAGUCCAGUGAUCUGUUUCAGGAUAUAGACACAACCCUGCUGGAGAGGGACACGGGUGUGCUUGGGCUCAUAGGCAAUGGGGGUGGACACCAGGCCAGGGACGACUUCUACCAGUAUCUGCCCCCUUUCUCCUCCCCUUACACCCCCUGUCCAUCUCUAGCAACCAGGAUCUGAGAUGUCUGCUUUCGUUCUUCCUGUUCAGCCCAUUUUCAUCCUCAUCCGGUCUUUCCUAGCCACUAGGUCAAAAGGAUAUUUGUGAAAACUGUCUGUGCAGUAAACCAGAUGAGGCCCCUUUUUUUCUUCUUAAUGGCAAUGAGUCAGUGAAUAAUUGUUGUGUGACAGCUAAUUGGAACAAGUGAAGGGAGGUGUGAUUAAAAAGCAGGAUUCAUUGAACAAAUGAGACAAUAGUCUCACUCUACAAGGCGUUAAAGGCACCACAGCUUCAAGGAAUCCUGCAUACACAUCAAAUUCCCAGUUAAUGUACACGUGUUGUUGUCUGAAAAAAUGUUACUGUGAGUCUGAAAAUGCCAUUUGACUGCUGUUUGAAAGAACAUUUGAAACACUAAUGUUAUAGGUCAAACUUCUGUGAAGAAAUCUUUUCACCUCAUAUUUAUCAGCAAGUUAGAAUGACGUCAGGUGAUGUGAUUGGGUCAGGGUUUCAAAUGGCAGAAGGAUGGUGCUUUAUUUUUUCCCUGAAAUGAAUCCAUAUGCACCGAUCAAAAAGAGCAUUUACCGCCUUUAAUCAAGUCUUUUAGUCAAAGAGCAUCCAUAGUACUGAGUUUACACAGCACAACCUUGUGAUUUUUAAUGUGAUGGUACAAAGUAACUACAUCAACUGGAGUCACAACCGCCUUGCGAUGGCUUCUGUUGUUGAGAUGUGAAUCUAUAUAUAUAUAUAUAUAUAUAUAUAUGAAUCCAUUCUGGCAGGUGCUUAGCAUCAUGCUGUGAGCCUCGUUGGCUGAUGGGAAUCUACAUGGCGCUGUAAGCAGCCGUUCACUCGUCAGAAGGUCCGCCCGUCCCACUGGGCUUCAAACAUUAUGUCUGGUUUAGAGCUGAAUUAUUGCACUUUUGUUAAUACAAGUUGGAUAUAUGUUAAGCAGUGGUAAUAUUGCAGGAGUUAAUACAAAUCUGUAAAGUGGUGUCCGGUUCAUGGUUCAAAGACACUUGAGAUGGGAGUUGAAUCAGCUGUACAUUUGUCAUGCAAUGAAACCAACACUCUGAGGGAGCACGUGUCACCUGUCACGCAGGUUUUUGUACUUUUUGUCCCGCCUCCACAGCAGAGUUGCUUUCUGUUAGGUCUUUUGUGAAUAUCUGGACUGCAAUCUCACACUAUUUAUGAAUGUUGUAUUCUUUGUUAAGAUGGAAUGUCAUACCAUGUUUGACAAUUUUCUAAUGGUAUAUUAAUUUACCGUCUGUUUUUAUUUACUCUAAAUUCGUUUAAAAUAUUUCUAAUGGUGUACUGACAUUGAGGGCAGAAUGCCUGCACUCUAGACUUUUCUAAAUAAGGCAAUUGUC